GGUGGUGGUGGUGGUGGUGAAUGAACGACGACGACGAUGACGGCGAUGAUGGGCGGAGGCGGAGUAGGAGCGGAAGCGCAGUAUGUAAUGGCGAAGACAUCUGUUUGGUGGGACAUAGAGAACUGUCAGGUUCCAAAAGGUUGUGAUCCUCACGCGAUCGCACAGAAUAUAAGCUCGGCCUUGAUGAAGAUGAACUAUUCCGGUCCCGUCUCGAUCUCAUCCUACGGCGAUACUAACCGUAUCCCUGCCUCCGUCCAGCACGCCCUCUCCAGCACCGGAAUCGCGCUCAAUCACGUUCCCGCCGGUGUUAAGGAUGCCAGUGAUAAGAAGAUUCUUGUGGAUAUGCUGUUUUGGGCAGUGGAUAAUCCUGCUCCUGCAAAUUACUUGCUGAUUUCUGGUGAUCGUGACUUCUCCAAUGCACUCCAUCAGUUGCGUAUGAGGAGAUAUAAUAUCCUUCUAGCACAGCCACAAAAUGCAUCUGCCCCACUUCUUGCCGCCGCCAAGAGUGUCUGGCUUUGGACAAGUCUUCUGGCAGGAAGACCGCCACUUCCAAAUGGUGAAUCAUCGCAGUUUGCUAAUAGUAAUGAUUUAACCAACUCUGACAUUUUAAAAAGACCAACAGCUGACCCUGGUCAGAUAAACCACUCUGUUGAUACUAUUUCUGAAAGCUCAACUUACGGGAGUCAAAAAUUCUUCAACAGUGGAAGGAUUGGUGACAAUAAAUAUAAAGGCAAACUAAUUCGGAGAAAUCCAAGUCAACCAAACGUAUCGAGAACUUCAAGCAUGCCGGUUGGGAUACCAGGGGGUCAAACCAAUGGAUCCACUAACCAACCUGGGUAUGCACAAGCAAUGCAGUUCAAGGAAGCACCUCAUGAAUUUUACGGUUCUCACAGGCCUAAAUCCACCUCAAGUGCACCUACUCCCGCAUAUGUUCCAGGCUAUCCUGAUCCUUCUUGGAACAAUGGAAUAUCAUUCCCAAACAAUUAUCAGCAUCAGUUUUCACAGCCAUUAAGGCCAGCCAACAACCCUAUGCAACCUUCUUUUGCACCGGGUAAUCUGUUUGCCCCAAAUUCUCAUAACUAUCAAUCUCCUCAAGUGCCUCCAAGGCCUGAUGGGCCCACCUUUACCUCAGGUCAUCCUACAAAUGUCCUUGAUAUCAGUAAGCUGAAUGUUUCUGAACAUCCUAGCGGUGUUCACAAUCCUAGUAGUUUUCAACAACGAAAUGUGGGGGAGUUCGAACCAAAUUCUAUUAUGGAGUCUUCAAACCCUGCAGGUUUAAGUGUUCCACAAAAUGGACAAGAGAUGCAAAACAAUGUACCUUUUUACCAUGACCCAUUGAACAAUAGAUACCCUUCUCAUGGACUGGAAUUUCCACCCCCGUCUUCCUCUGCAAUGGGUAGUAACCCUGUACCCAGCAAUGGUGUUUGGGGAACCCCAGGAUGUCCACAGCCUUCUGAAUAUGUCCAAGGCCGUAUAGGGGUUGUAUUACUUGCCUUGAACACUUUAAAAAAUGAUAAGAUGACACCAACGGAAGCAAAUAUAACUGAUUGUAUUCGUUAUGGAGACCCCAAGCAGCGAAAUACAGAUGUUAGGAAGGCCCUGGACUGUGCGAUUGAGCAACAAAUGGUGGUGAAGCAAAUUGUAGGUGCAUCACAGUUUUAUGUGAGUAAAAAUGACAAACUUUGGAAGUGUGUGAACCCUAUAGGUGGUAAUCCUAAGCAGUAUCCAAAAGCAAUAUGGGAUGGAAUCCAUAAAUUUCUAACUUCCGCUGUUGGGCGUUCUGCUAUAAUGGCUUCUCAAUGCAGGUAUGAAGCAGCAGCUAUCAUCCUAAGGAAAUUGUGCUUGAAUGAUCUUGUACUGGGUGAUAUGCUCAAGAUUUUGAAUAUGAUUACGGACAUCAAGAGGUGGAUUGUCCCUCAUCAAUCCGGCUGGCAGCCAAUUAGUAUUACCGUUGCAGAGACUGAUGGAGAUGUAGGGUACCAAAACUAGUGGUUGAUUUCAGUCAAGAACAGCUGUGGUUGAGGGGACCUGGAUAUUAGAAGUAGAUAUUAUAAUUACAGUCAAAAGGAGGGUCUCCUAGAAGUGGUUAAGCUUCUACUUGAGUAGUUAUUACAGAUGGUGGACCAAACAAUUAGGGAUGCCACUUUCUUCCUCUAUUUUACUUGUGAUUUCUGGUGGAGUUCUUUGCUGCUAUCAGUAGGAAAUGGAAGGUAGUACUUGAAGUGCUGCAUACAUUACAGAUAUACAUCCCAUAAGCAGUAUUGCAGCAGUAUGCAGUUUUUUAAGAUUAUGGGGGUUUCAUCAGUUAUGAGUCUUUGAUUAAAUCUUGAGCCUCUCUUCAUGGUUGCUUGAUUAGUCUGCAGAACAAAGUCUUCAUUCGGUGGAAUUGGAUAUCAGCAUCACAGAAUAAGUUCAUCAGUUAUGAGUCUUUGAUUAAAUCUUGAGCCUCUUGUCAUGGUUGCUUGAUUAGUCUGCAGAACUUUGUCUUCAUUCAGUGGACUUGGUUAUCAGCAUCGCAUAGGAAGUUCAAUGGCAAACGUAAACCUUCAAGUGAGUUGGUUCAGCAUGGUCUAGUUUCAACAUGUAACCUAUCAAAGCAGGGUAGUCAGUAUGCCAUGCUGUCAUCAUUCUUAUAUAAAGACUCCUGGAUUUAGUUCUAUGUGGGACGACUUUCUAUUUUCAGAUCCUGUUGCAAGUUAUGUCAGUUUGUGUCCAACUUUGUCGAAGAGGUUUGAAAGUAUGCUUUACCGGACCAUGAAAUACUUAUAGCAUGACCAAAGAACAAAGAAGCAAGGAGAAAUUAUGUAUUCUAGCGCAGAAGCUUCAAAGUAAAAUUUGCAGUAUAAUGAACAACAUUUGGGAAGCCCGAGUAAGUUUGCGACGGAAAGUUUCAGUAAAACCAUCAGUCUCAUAUGAUUGGUAUCACGUGAACGAAAGUACUAGUUGGGAGCAAGGCUGAUUUGCUGGUAAGAAAAAUUUAAACCUUUGCCAUGGUAAUUGUAGUGAAUUGCAGGGGAUUAUCAACUUGUAAAUUGCUGUGCGGCAUCUGUAUAUGAAUGAAUUUAAGCCGUUGUAAAACCAUGAAAUUGUGUUAGUGAUUACUGUUUUCAAGGCUGAAGCGCAUUCAUGCUUGUAAGUUUAUAUGUUGUAUUUGGCAAGUCUACUGUUUGUUUCUUUCAUGGAUUCAGGUUUUUAUCAAUAUCUUCUAUUUGUAGAUAGAAAGAGAAUAUUUGUUUAA